AUGGAGGGGAAGGCGACACGGCCGGAGCGCAACAGCCUGGAGCUGUUUGCAGCAGCUUUCGAGCAGCAGGGGUGCGGGGGAGCGAUCGAAGCCAUACGGCCGCGUGAAUUCAAUAGACUCACAGGAGUUCUGGACUGCUGUGGACUAUACCGAUCAGGUGACCUCUCUAAGUUGGGCAUCGAUACGGUGUCCCCGGAGGAAUCUAGGAUCACCAGAUCGGGUAAAGAGGAAAUUCUACAGCACUUCAACACCAGCCCAGAAGAAUAUACUGUCAUUUUUACAUCAGGAAGUACAGCAGCUCUUAAACUUGUUGCAGAAUGUUUUCAAUGGACCCACAUGGAGCCAGGAGGCACGAGUCAGUUUUGUUACCUGACUGACAAUCAUACAUCCGUUGUUGGUAUAAGAGGAUUGUCUGCUUUAGCUGGUGCUCUAACUAUUCCAGUCAACCACUCUGAAAUUUAUGAAGAUAAACACAGUCUGAACAAGAACAUUGCUCUGUGCAAGGAGGAAAAUUGUCACACUCCGCAUCUCUUCUGUUAUCCUGCCCAAAGCAACUUUUCAGGGACAAAAUACCCACUUACUUGGAUAAGAGAUAUUAAAUCAAGAAAGCUGUAUCCAUUUAGCAAAGUCUCAGGAAAAUGGUAUGUGUUGGUGGAUGCAGCCUCGUUGGUGAGCACGUCGCCACUUGAUCUCAGUGUACAUCAAGCAGACUUCAUCCCCAUUUCAUUUUAUAAAAUAUUUGGAUUUCCAACAGGUUUAGGAGCUCUGUUGGUGAAUAAUAAAAGUGGACAUAUGCUGAAAAAGAGAUAUUUUGGAGGAGGAACUGCAGACUUUUAUUUGUCAGGGGAAGAUUUCUAUGUUCCUAAGCGGUCAUUAAGUGACAGGUUUGAAGAUGGCACCAUUUCUUUCCUCGAUAUAAUAGCAGUAAAUCAUGGAUUUGAUGCACUGGAUAAGUUUACAGGUGGAAUGCAAAAUAUUAUGCUUCAUACAUUUAGUCUGGCCCGUUAUACAUACAUAAUACUCUCUGGAAUGCGCCAUGCUAAUGGAACACCAGUUGCUCGGAUUUACAGUGAUAACGAAUUUGAAACUCCAGAUGCGCAAGGACCUAUUAUUAAUCUGAAUUUGCUUGAUGAGGAAGGUGGGAUUGUUGGAUUUGCCAAGGUAUGA